AUGAAAGUGAUGGUGAUGGAGAUGGAGGAAGGUUUUAAAGACAAUGCUGCAUCUAGACUCACAAACCAAUCUAGGUCUCUUUUGUCGAUGCGUCCGCUUCACAUUUUGCUAUUGUUUCUAUUUUUGACUUUUGGGAUCUCAGUUGCUGGUAUACACAUGAUCCAGUUCCUGAGGAUUCAACAUUUGGCUCCAACAACUCUGAUCUCUAUAUAUGAUCAUGGGAGUGUUACUUUAGAGAGAUUUGUUAGACCUCCGUUGAAUGUUUGGCACACAAUGAAUGACAGUGAACUGCUUUGGCGUGCUUCGAUGGAGCCACGGAUCAAUGUAUAUCCUUUUAAACGGGUUCCUAAACUGGCCUUCAUGUUCCUCACUAAAGGGUCUUUACCAUUUGCUCCACUCUGGGAGAUGUUCUUUAAAGAACACGAGGGUAUUUACUCAAUCUAUGUUCAUGCAUUGCCUGAUUACAAAUCGGAUUAUCCAAUGUCAUCUGUGUUUUACGGAAGAUACAUCCCAAGUCAGGCUGUGGAAUGGGGAGAGGUGAGUAUGGGAGAUGCUGAGAGGAGGCUUCUGGCUAAUGCGUUGCUAGAUAUCUCUAAUGAGUGGUUUGUUCUGCUGUCUGAAUCAUGCAUCCCUCUGCGCGGUUUCGGCUUCAUCUAUGGUUAUGUCUCUGAAUCAAGAUAUAGUUUCAUGGGUGCUUAUGAUGAGGAAGGGCCUGAUGGAAGAGGAAGGUACAGAACUGGGAUGGAGCCUGAGAUCUCGCUUAGCCAGUGGAGGAAAGGGUCUCAGUGGUUUGAAGUUAACCGGAAACUCGCUGUUGAGAUUGUGCAAGACACAACUUACUACCCCAAGUUCAGAGAGUUUUGUAAACAACCAUGUUAUGUUGAUGAACAUUACUUCCCUACAAUGCUGUCUAUGGAACACCGGAUUUUGCUGGCUAACCGGACAUUAACUUGGAAAGAUUGGUCACGCGGUGGUGCUCAUCCAGCUACUUUUGGCAAGGAUGAUGUAACGGAAGACUUUCUCAAGAAGCUUCCGGGAUCUGAAGCCUGCCUCUACAAUGAUCAGCAUUCUCAAGUUUGUUAUCUCUUUGCCAGAAAGUUUGCUCCUAGCGCAUUGGAGCCGUUAUUGCAACUGGCACCCAAGAUUCUUGGGCUCUAA